AGUAGCCGGGAAGCGGCUCCAAGUCCGGACCUGGGAGCAGAGGCUCGGCUCGGCGCUGCGAGAGGCGCGGGGGGCCGCGAGCCGGCCGAGCGCGGUUUUGGUGGGACCGGUGUUCCCAACCUGGGACUCUCUCGUGGAGCCGAGCCCGGCCAAUAGGCGCAUGAGGAAGAAGAGCAGGGAAAUGGACUGCUAUUUGCGCCGCCUCAAACAGGAGCUGAUGUCCAUGAAGGAAGUGGGCGAUGGCUUGCAGGAUCAGAUGAACUGCAUGAUGGGGGCGCUGCAAGAACUGAAGCUCCUGCAGGUGCAGACAGCACUGGAGCAGCUGGAGAUCUCUGGAGGGGGUCCUGCCCCAGGCUGCCCUGAAAGCCCCCGGACGCAGCUCGAGCCCCCUCAGUGGGAGGGUGGCAGCGGUCCUGCCAGGCCUGCGGGCUGCUCCCCCUCCAGCCAACCCGCUCUGGGCAGCAGCGCCAAGCUUCCAUCUCCUAGGAGUGUGUGUGGGAGGGAUCUGGCUCCCCCGCCCAGGACACGGCUGCCAGAGCACCAAAGCUGUGCCCAGCGGGGGCCAGAGCUGGUGGAACCGGAUGACUGGACCUCCACGUUGAUGUCCCGGGGCCGGAAUCGACAGCCUCUGGUGUUAGGUGACAACGUUUUUGCGGACCUGGUGGGCAACUGGCUGGACUUGCCGGAACUGGAGAAGGGUGGGGAGAAGGGUGAGACCCGGGAGGCAGGAGCCCCCAAAGGAGGUAGGGGCCCGCCGCGGGAGCUGGGCCGCAGGUUUGCCCUAACAGCAAACAUCUUUAGGAAGUUCUUGCGUAGUGUGCGGCCUGACCGUGACCGGCUGCUGAAGGAGAAACCAGGCUGGGUGACACCCACGGCCUCUGAGCCCAGAGCCGGACGCUUGCAGAAGGGCAAGAAGCGGGGCCAUUCCAAGGGCUCUGGACAUUGCCCCUUCCCAGGUACCUCGGAGCCCAGACGAGGGGAGAAUCCUUCCACCAGCUGCCCCAAGGCCCUGGAAUCCUCACCCUCUGGCUUUGAUGUUAACACAGCAGUUUGGGUCUGAAUCCUAGAGGUAGAAAUUUGACUGACCCAAAAGGGCCAGGUCCCAGUGCUGGGCCCCUGGGAAAGAGGCCAGGUGGUAUGGCUUUCAAAAGCCUAACUCCAAGUCCCUUCCGCCGAGAAGGGAGGGAGAAGCAGCAGAAGGUCUGGAGCAGAGCUGACAGGCCUGUAGUUGGGCGAGGCUGUGCUAGGGGCUGGCUGGUGGGGGAGGCAAGAGUCCCUGGACAGAGAGAGAGAGAGAGAGAAUGUGUGUGUAUGUUGCUUUGGGGCUGGAGGUGACAGCAGGAGAGGGGCAGGGGGAGAAGACCAGGAAAUCCUUCUGACAUUCCUUCACUGCCCCCAAAGGCCUCAGUGUAACAUUCUGCAUGGAUCGGGCACUGGGGCCACAGGUUCCCCAGAGACAUCGCCAAUAAAGACCUUGUUUCUCGUGUCCCCAGCCUCAUAACUGUUCGCUUCCUUGGCAAAGCGCUGCUCCAGGCACAGGUAGUAAAGCCUGGCCCUCCUGGGAGUGGGAGCAGAGAGGCAAAUUCCCACCCCCUUCUGUUGCCCUCGAGAUUUCAGCCCAUCCCUGGACCCUGAGAAACGGCUGACUAAGGAGUGUGUAUAAGGAGUGCUUGGGGAAGCCCCAAGCCUUUCCGGAAGCACAGGAAAGGAAAGCUACUAUUUGUAUAGCACGUUAAAUGUCUGAAAGCCUUUUCAUAUCCAUUAUCUCCUUCGUAAAUGGGCGAGAAAGGCAGGUAUUAUCCCCAUUUUCCAGAUGAGGAAGUAAGCCUGGAUGUGCUACCUGUCCAAGUACAGGCCGCAGGCAGGGGCUGACUGAAGAACAGACGCCGGGCCCUGGAAUCACACACACUCCUUCCCCAACACCCUGUCUCCAGCUCAGAACCUCCACCCAGGGCACAAGAACAUGUGAAUUCACCAGUGAGGCAAGGUGAGCCAAGAAGAAAUACGCACUCAUUUUAAAAUGCCUUUGGCCUCAUCUUCCCACCUUGUCCAGGAUAACCCAGGGUGGAGGGGCAGCAGCUCAGCUCCGGCACCCGUGGCUACACCUAAAGCCGUGCUGGGCACGUGGCCGGAGAGCAACGCUGCCAGAUCCAGGGCCCGCCUGCCUGUCCCUCCCACCCUGGCAGGGAACGCCCACUGGCUGGGAAAAGACAAUGUGGGUCCCUGUUUGGGCCGAGCCUGACCAGCAGGGCAAUCCGUUUCUCCUCCCUCACCUCUUCCUGGCUGAACUCCCCUCUGCCUGAUGGGGAGUGACAGCUGCAAUUAGAGGCAAGCCGCCUUCCCGCCCUCAGAGCAUUUAAUACCAAAUUGUAGAGGAAAAAAAUAACAAGAGAGGCUCUUCCUGAAUCCUGGACCCCUGGGGGCAGAGAUGGAGGGAGGGGGCUUAGAGCGAACAGCCCCACAGCUCUAGUUGGGAAGUGAUUAGGGUCACCCUCAAAUUCCCACGCAAUCAAAUGGUAGAUGUGUAGUUUUCGGUGGCAGAAGCUACGAGAGGAAAGGUGCUUAUUAAUUUUUGUGUGUGUGUGUGCGCGCGCAAUGGCUAUCGGCCAGGCAGUGUGCACGCGUCUUUCAAACUUCAAAAUGACCCUAGAAGGUAUUGUUAAUACCUGGUAAUUCAGUGGAGGCUCUUAGGGGUCCUGUAAGCUGCCCAUAUGAGGUUACUAGCAAAUGAAAGAACCAGGAUCUGAAACAGAGGGAUGUCUGGCUCCAAAGCCUGUUCUUUCCUCGUGUCUCCCUGGAGUUUACCAACCGAGCUAGCCCUUUCUGGAGGAGGAAGCCCCUGCCCAUCCUUCCUGUCUCCCCACAGAAAUCUGAAAUCCAUCCUGGGUGAAGGCCCAUUGGCUGUGGCUGCCUUGGGUGGUGGAGUGAUGUGUGUGUGUGUGUGCACACGUGUAGAAUGUGUGUGUGUGAAGAUUCCACCUACUGAAUCGCUGAGUCCGGAGAGGAGGGAGCCAUGGGCUGCUGGAUGGGGGAGAAGUUAUCCAGCAGUUAUUAAAGAAGGCACCAGCUCCGAGUCAGGAAUGAUCCUACAGGAAACCAGGUCACCUCUUGGCCAUUCAUCUGUGACGCAUCAGUUUUGUGGACAGUCAUUGCGAUUCAGACCAACUGAACAAAACUUUCUGAACACUUCCCAGUGCCAGGCAUUGUGAUAGGAACUAAGAACAGAGCAAUGACAAGGACCCAGUUCCUGACUCAAGGGGUCCAGUAGGAAGAAAGAAGAAACUCUUAACCCAAAGGUUAGCCAGAAGGGAUCCAAGGGAAUGAAAACUCACUGUAACGUGGGCCAGAACUAAACAAUGAGUGACACAUGCUGCCACAAAAUCCGCAGGUGUUGGGCACUGCCUGCUUCGUGCUCUUAUUUCCUUACCACAUUCUGGAAAUAGCUGCUGUUACUCCUAUUUCACAUGGAGAGGCUCAGAGAAGUUUAGCAACUUGCAGAGGGUCCCAGUGCCAGAGCUGGGAUUGAAAUAGUUCCAGCUGACUUGCAGGCUUGCGCUUUUCACACCGCCCCACAAACUGUCCAUAUUUACUCCAAAGCCAAGUCAAGAGGAACAACAACAAAACCCAUCCUCCCCGCAUUAUCCACGCAUGGAGAAUAAAUGGAAUGCUGGCUGCCA